UUCAGCAGCAGUGAUGUGGUUGCAAGUUAUUAAAACUACAGAAGAGCAGUUGAAGAUGAGGUGAAAUUACACCUCAUCUACUCUGUAUGAGUGCUGCUAAUCAUGUAAAGAACGGUGUAAAGGGGGAUCCAGAUUGCGAACAUGGUGAAACCUUCAAUGUCACCAGUAUAAAGCAGAGUCUGUUAUCUCCCGCCUAUCUGCACACCAACAGCACAAGUCAUACUUGGGCAUUUUCCGCAGUUGCUGAACUUAUAGACAAUGCGUACGACCCAGACGUCAAUGCGACCCAACUGAAAAUUGACAUUGCUGACAUCGAGGGGAUGACAUGCUUGACAUUUUUGGACAACGGCGCUGGAAUGUCCCCGCAUACUUUGUAUAAGAUGCUUUCUUUUGGGUUUUGUGACAAGGACAAAUACGCUGUGACUCGCCACAAACCGGUUGGUCACUAUGGUAACGGCUUUAAAUCUGGCAGUAUGAGGCUUGGGAGAGAUGCACUCGUGCUGAGCCGACACGGCCACGGCAAAGAUAGUAUCGUUAGUGUGGGCUUGUUGUCUCAGACGUAUCUAGACGCAAUCAAGUCAGAGACAAUACUAGUACCAACUGUAAGCUGGUCCUACGUAACACACGAGCGUAUUGAGUCCCCUGAUGCUGAGGCCAGUCUACAGAGUAUUAUCAGGUUCAGCAUUUUCAAAAACGAGGCUGCAAUUCUCUCCACUAUUGCUACGAAAAUAAAAAAGACAGGAACGUACAUAUUGAUCUACAACCUGCGAAAGAGUGCCACCGGAGAGCAUGAGUUUGACUUCAAGAAGGAUGCAACAGAUAUUUGCAUUGUGGAGGACGAAACAACAACAGAUAACAUGCUGUACGCACCCCAGGAUAGGAUCAACACUAACCCUACUACGUAUUACUCACUUCGGGCAUACUGUUCAAUCCUGUUCCUCCGACCAAAGAUGCAAAUAUUCGUGCGGAGCGUAAAAGUUAAAACUAAACUCAUCAAGAAGUCACUCUCUAAACCUAGGGAUACCUAUAGGGAAAGCUCAAGGAGUAGACAGGGACUCAGAAAAAUAGUGUUUGUUCAGUCUGAGACCGAGAAUUAUGGGAUCAUGAUGUUACUACAGGAACAGACUUAUUAA